CUGGCUGAUUAGCAUUGAAACUAUUAGUUAAUUACAAUUGUUUUAGAAUAUCUCAUUUAGAAAAUACACAUAAAACGCCAAUGGAAGAUAUCAUUAAAGAAGCUGAUAAGUUAGUUGCACAAGGUCAAUUUCACAAAGUUUAUCAUUAUCUCAAAGCUUCAUUGAAAAAUUAUGAUGAUGUUGAAUUAUUAUGGAGAUUUGCUCAAGCAUGUUAUCUUUGUGUUUAUUAUGUCACAAAUAAACCAUGUAAAGCAUUCUGUGAAACAUAUUUCUCAGAGGGGAUGAAUGCAGCUAAAAAGGCUAUGGAGAAAAACCCUAAUCAUGCUAAUUCCUUAACGUGGUAUGGUAUCUUAUGGGAUGAACACAGUAAUUUGAAAGGUUUCUCAGAAAGAUUCAGGAACGUUUCACAGUUAUAUGACAUAUGGAUUAAAUCACAAAAACUUGAUCCGAAUAACUUUUUAACUGAGGGUAGCUUAGGCAUAUGGUAUUUUAUUAUGACAGAUGUAUACAGUACAAAACCAGAACUUUUUAAAGGUACAAAGUAUACUGGGAAGGAAUUCUCUUAUGAAUUGGCAUUAAAACAUAUGCUGAAAUGUGAAGAAUUGGCUCCUAUGAGAUCUGUAAUAACACUGGCACAUUUGGCUAAAUGUUAUGCACGACUAGGAGAAAAAGACAAAGCGAAAGAUUAUGCUCUUAAAGUACUUAAUUAUCCUGCACAUCAUGUCGAAGCCGAUGAGGCUAGGAAAGAAGUUGAGGAAUUAUUUCAAACACUUAAAUGAUUACAUUGAUAAUGAUAGUAACUACUGUACUAUAAUGAGGAAGGAAUUAUAUUCCAUCACAUUAAGAUUAAUGAAGCGAUUACUAGUACUAACUUAUCAUAGUGUUUCAUGUAUAUGAACAUUCUACAAAUAUAUGUGAUGUGUGUAUGAUGAACUUUGUUAUUUAAGUUCUGUAUGUUCAAUUGAAUUGUUAACUGUCUGUCGGAGUGACAGUAAACAACUGUAUCUGAUCAUUUUCUCUAUCAUAAGAACAUUUUUCUAACCACAAAAGAAACGUGUUGCAACUACAGUCCUAAUCUAUCACCAUGAUUAUUAAGAUCAGAAAAGUUACAGUUUGAAUACGUUAUUCACAAAUUUAAGCGAUUGAACUCAUUUGUAUACAUUAUUUGUUUUACCUGUUCCUAAUGGAAUUCCAAUGUGUACACGGAUUAGUCUGUGAAUAAUCACGAUUACUACAAUCCAGUUGUUAGUGCUCAUCAAAA